AUGGACUUCAAUAAUUGGAACCUCUUCUGGAGUUUGUGCUUUGGGCUGUUGUCCUUUCUAAUCAUCGUUGGAAAUGCUCUAUCCAUAUCAAUACUUUUCAAGAGAAGGCUUCGAAAGCGUCCUCAUUUCUUGUUAAUUAGCUUGGCUCUCGCUGAUCUCUUGGUUGGAUUAAUUCCAGUGCCACUUUACAUCAUGAACCAAGCAAACUUACUGCUACAUACUGCUUAUUGGGUUUAUCUGUGCGUGGAUAUGAUUACGGGCUUAAGCUCGGUCUUCACCCUGACGGCUAUUUCCCUGGAAAGACUUCACGCUAUUUCUCGCCCUCUUCGCCAUCGACAACUCACCUCACGCAGCUAUGCGAUUGCCAUAGCAACCCCAUGGAUUUUCUCCCUUAUUGUGUCGUUAUCUUAUUUGCUGUCAGUUUUUUCUGUUAUAACCAACCUUCAGUUCUUUUCGGGGAUAAUUAUUAGUUUGUCAACAUCUUUGUUGGUAACGUGCAUUUCCUAUUUCAUCAUUUGGAGGAAGCAAACUUCUAGAAUAAUUCCGAAUGAAACUCAAGCAAGAAAGGAUUUGAACUUAAAUAGCACGUUGCUAUUGAUAUCUGUAAUAUUUGUUUUCUCGUGGCUGCCUUUCCACGUUUUAAAUAUCGUCAGCACUUUCUGUGUUUCAUGUGAAAUCUUUCUUGUAACAGUAUAUGUUGUAAAGUUCCUUCAGUAUAGCAAUUCCUUUAUGAAUUUUCUAGUUUAUUGUUUUAGAAUGCCACAUUUCAGAAAAGCACUUUCAAGAAUGCUUCAUAAAUGUAGAUGCAGUCGUUAA